CAUAUAAAAAUGAGCGACCAUUUUGGGGAGCCUUUCAGUAGCUGGGAAUUCGCCCAAAAUGAAGGUAUUCGCGAUAUUCAGCAUUUGCUUGGCAAUCGCCGCUGCCCUGCCUCUCAAUGAAGAGGUUGGUCCGGAGCAUAUUCCUGAGCCUUACGGUGAGGAUGGCUCGGAACUAAUUCCGGAGCCCUACGGAGAGGAUGGUGCGGAGCUUGUCCCAGAGCCCUACGGCGAAGACGGCCCCGAGCAUAUUCCUGAACCCUACGGAGAGGACGGUUCUGAGCUUAUCCCAGAGCCUUAUGGAGAGGACGGUUCUGAGCUUAUCCCAGAGCCCUACGGCGAAGAUGGCCCAGAGCAUAUUCCCGAACCUUAUGGAGAGGACGGUUCUGAGCUUAUCCCAGAGCCCUACGGCGAAGAUGGUUCUGAGCUUAUCCCAGAGCCCUAUGGCGAAGAUGGUUCCGAGCUUAUUCCUGAACCCUAUGGCGAAGAUGGUUCCGAGCUUAUUCCUGAGCCAUACAAGAAGGCUGCCCUUGAGGAGCAGGGUUACGAGUCGAACUGGCAGCUUGUCCCCGACGGUGAUGGUCGUCUUCAUCUGGUGAACACCGAUCCCUUCAACCUGGGCAGCCAGGAUGAGCCGGCUCCGCUGUUCAACGCUGAUACCGAUGUUAUCUUCACGCUUUUCACGCGUAACAACCGCAACAGUGGACAUCGCAUCACUCCCGGAAAUGCUGGCACCCUUGGACCGCACUGGAACGGUGGUCGUCAGACGCGCUUCGUCAUCCACGGCUGGAACAACAACGGAGGAUCGGAAGUGAACGUUCUCAUUCGCAACGCCUACCUGGAUCGUGCCGACAUCAACGUGAUCAUCGUUGACUGGGGUGUGGGUGCUCAGAACCCGAACUACGUCACGUCCCGCAAUCACAUCAACGCAGUCGGUCUUACCGUGGCUCGAUUCAUCGAUUUCUUGAACCAGAGCGGAGGCUUGGCGUUCAACAACGUGUACGUCACUGGACACAGCUUGGGAGGACACACGGCCGGUAUUGUUGGCAAGCGUGUGACCCGCGGCCGUCUGAACACGGUUGUUGCCUUGGAUCCUGCCCUGCCACUAUUCUCCAUCAACGACCCUGCUAACCGUGUGGCGCCGGGAGAUGCCAACUACGUCGAGGUCAUCCACACAAACGGAGGACUGCUGGGCUUCGAUCUGCCGAUUGGUCUGGCUGAUUUCUACCCGAACGGAGGUCGUAGCCAGCCGGGAUGUGGAGUAGAUUUGGCGGGUACCUGUGCUCACGGACGUGCCUUCCAGUUCUUCGCCGAGUCGGUCCGUACGGCUCAGAGCGGAUUUAACUCCAUCCGUUGCGGUAACUACGAUCAGAUCUUGAACAACAACUGCGUGUCGUCGGGCGCUAACGCUCGCAUGGGUGGUGAGCCGUCCAACAUUGGCCGUGGUGUGAAUGGUGUGUUCUUCCUCACCACCAAUGCCAACAGCCCGUUCGCACGAGGUUAACCAGUGAUAUUCUGAAAAUAAAGACUAUUGGUAGUAUUUAAGCUGAAUAA